GAAAACCAGACAAAACAAAGCCAAAACCAUGGAUGAGCUUAUGCAUCUGUCUACACAGCCCCAGAAGAGUAGUCAGUCGCCAGAAAUCAAGUGCAACGUGAGCUUUGUCAACCCUAGGUUAAAUGCGGAUGCAGCCAGCCAGCAGCAAGAGAAAGAGAUUUCGAGUAAAGCUUCAUGCUCCGCAGUGUGCCAAAAUCGUUCGCUCAUCGAGUUUGGCUACAAUUUCGAGGAUGUGGAGGACUGGUCGAAGAUGAAACAGUGGCCCAAGGAUAAGCUGGCCGACAUACUGCAGUACAUGGUGGAGUCACACCUGAAGACCAGCCUGGUGGUUAAAAUCAAGAACUCGCUCUUUAACUGUCACUUGCCGGUGCUGCAGGUGUACUCGCAGUUCUUCAUGGACCUGGAAGAUACACCGAUGAUGGUUGUGCUGCCAGAGGACCUGGUAACGCCCAAGGCUUUUAGCAUCAUUUACAAGUGGAUGCUCUGCAGUGAGCCCUGCUUGGAGCGUGCACGCAUUAUCGAAUUGUUCAUCGCUGCCUCGUAUCUGCGGAUCAAACAUCUUCUGGCCCAUUGUUGGAUUUACUUCGACAACUUGCAAUUCUUCAAUGAGGCCACAGCGUGCAUCCUGUAUGUGGAGACGCGCUAUCACCCAUCCCUGGACAUUGUCCGCAAUGCGAUGCUCCCGCGUAUCCAGAAGUUUGUGCUGAUCUUUGCGGCCACAAGUGACUUUCUGCAUCUACCACACAAUCACUUGGUUUACUUGCUCAGCUCGAGCAACAUCGCUUUGAAUACGGAAGUUGAGGUUCUCUAUAUGGUAAUUCGUUGGAUGUGUCACGACUGGAGCAAUCGACGUUCGUAUGCCGUAGAGAUUGCGGAUUGCAUUCGAUUCAAUUGUAUGCCGCUCUGGUUUAUGCUUUUCGUGCGCCGCGACGAAACUCAUGCACAGCUAUUGGAAUUUUUGAGCCUGGAUGAAAUCAACGAGAAGAUUACUGAUGCCAUCACCAACAUCACAUCGGCCAUAUACGACGAUCAGAUCUUUGGGACCAGUUCGGCUCAUAAGGACACUCCGCAUCAGCGCAACUGGAUUCACGACAAAUCGUGUGGCUAUCAUCAUCUUAUUGGAUGCCCCAAUACCCGUGAGAUCCGAUACGAGCACUUUGAGGCCUACAUGGGGACGCUGCAGCAGAAGCCUGUUGACUAUUGGACCAAAUUCGAGUCCAUUGAAUUGAAUGUUGUCGGACCCUGUCACUGCAUGAGGGAGGUCUUUUAGUGUUUCAUUACAGUUUACAGAAGAGUUAAACCAAUAAAAUUUACAAUUUA